AUGGUCGGGGCAUCUCCUCGCAACGAGCCUGGCUCGGAAAUACGAUCACGAACAAUGAAACAUGUCACCCGUGCGUGCAUUGGUUGUCAAAAGCGCAAGACAAAAUGUGAUGGCGUGAGGCCACAAUGUGCGAAUUGUGCGCUGUAUAAGCAGGGGUGCACGUUUUCGCAAGAGAUCGACAAGCGAAGGAUGGCCUCAAAAGGGAAGAUCUCAAUGAUGAUUUCUUACAUACAAGCACUUGAAUCUCUGCUCUUAGGCCACCAUAUUGAGCUCCCGGCUAGCCGACCAAGUCAAUUUCUACCUGCAGUGUCUAGCCCUUGUCCUUCGGCCAGGGAUUCGCAACCUAUCACGAGCGCUACAGCCCAGGACAUCAGUGAUCACACAGUGCCUUCAAUCGAGCAGUGCAUGUCCACUGCAUCCGAUGAGAAUUCGCCGGAUACGCAAGAUCGAUUGUCUCCUUCUGGCGAAUCUUCCUACGAUACGAACCUCAUCUCAGAUCGGAUGGGUUCAUUGCAGCUUGCGGAAGAUGGUCAGCUGAGAUUCUUCGGGCCCACCUCGAAUCUUCACAUCUUACAUGUUGGACCCUUUCCGCUAUUCAAUUCAAACAUUCGUUCUGUUCACUGGAACGAGAGUCUCAUCCUGAAAGCAGCCGGUGUCGACCAUCAUGUGGAAGAAGAGCUCGAGGAUCAUCUAACCAAGCUAUACUUUACCUGGGAGAAUCCGAAUAUUCCCUUGGUAGAUGAAAGAACAUACUAUCAGGAGAAGUCUCGAUAUCGGAGUCUCAAUCAGCCUAGUCACCGAUACUCAGAGGUCUUAAACAACGCAAUAUGUGCCGUUGGAGCUGCUCUGACCCCUCGCUUCUGUCCCAACCUCCCAGAAUCACUGAUUGACUUCUUUGCGGCAAGGUCCAAGGCCCUCUUGGAAGUCGAAAUGGACUCACCGACUCUUAGUACCGUACAGUCUCUUGGAAUUCUAAGUGGUGUGGAGGCCCUUCUCACCAGAGAUGCUCGUGGUUGGCUGUACAGUGGGAUGGCCAUGCGGCUUGCCACAGACCUGGGUCUUCAUAUCGAUGCUGCUCCUUUUGCCGAGCGGGGUCUCAUGGACCUCGACGAAGUUCGGCUCCGCAGUUCUACAUUCUGGGGCACCUAUACCCAUGAAAGAAUGUGGAGCCUCUAUGUGGGCCGGCCGGAGUCCAUUGAUCACUUAGAUAUCACUGUGCAGUUGCCAUUUCCGGGAGACACCUGUAUAGAUGUGAGCAAGAAAUGGGGCCCAUAUAUCGACGAAGAUCAACAAAGCACCGCUUGGGAAGCCCCGGCAUUGCUCAAUGAGGUUGCCCAAGGCACAGUUACCUUAUGCACGAAGAUGGCUUCCAUAAGAAAGGCUCUGUCAUUAUUCGCUAAUCAGCCGUUCAGAUACGGUACUCCCAGAGGAAACACACUCGAUCUCAAGGGGCGCUACGCAUUUGCAGUCAAGGCUAGAGAUGAGCUUGCUCUCUGGAAAUCUGGAUUGUCAGAAACCCUUCAUGUCGAUAUGAUGGAUCUAGAAUGCAAGCACCUCCCUCACGUUCUACAGCUACACAUGCAAUUCCACGCCGUGAGAAUCAUCGUCGAUCAACUUUUUGCAUUUUUGCCGGCUGGCUCGGACGGUUUAACGACUCAAGACAUGCAAAAGAGCCGCGAGUCCUGCCAUGAUGCGGCGUGGCAUAUCACGAAGCUUCUGCAGGCUAGUCGUCGACGUUUCUCGCUUCGCCGUGUCAAUAUUCAAGCUGUUCACCUCAUAUUCACGGCAAUGUUGGUGCAUGUACACAGCGCCUUCUUAUCGCCUGAUUAUCAGAUUCGGGAUACAGCACGCAGACAGCUCGAAAUCUGUUCGCAAGCAUUGGGAGAAAUUGGCCAGGCUUACAAAAAUGCACUUCGAGUUUUGGAAGUCAUUACUUCGAUCAAAUCCGACCUUCUUCGGCGCGAAAGGAACGUAUUGACUAACGGUGCUACGAUGAUCGGUCAACCAGCUUCCAUGAGUUCCAUGAUUUCACUUGGUCAAAUUCCAUCGACUAUGUUCCUUGGGGAUAUGAGGGCGUCUCAAUCAUGCCAGACUAAUUAUUCAAAUGAUGGGUUAUUGAAUGGGUUCGAUGUUGUGUCGGGGAUUGAUUUAGAGCAAUGUGCCUCUUUGACUGGCCAAAUGCCACUCUCCAACCUACCUUCAUGGACACCCUUCACUGAAACAUUUGCUCUUUCUAACCCGGGAGAAGGUUUUUCUUGA